CUUUGAUUUUACUCUACAAACAGCUGGGCGGCUGGCUAUUGAUUGACCGCUUUCUUGUUUAUGUCUAUAGUAUUAACUUCUACUACUUACUUCUAACUAAUUUUAACUGUUUCAAACUUUCAACUGUGCGGCAACAAAAUGUUUAAAUUUUAUGACUCUGAAUCGACAGAAAUUUUAGAUAAUUCUCAGUUCGUGCAACUUCUUAAAAUGAAAUGGAAAGAAAUUCACGACACGACAAAUGUGUUUAGAUACAAAAUUUUAAAUUCGCAAGAAAGAAUAGUCGAUGGAAAGUAUUUAUUACAAUUAAACCCGAAUAGACAGAGUAAAAGGAGGUUCCCAGAACAAAUCAAUGAUAUAUGUCAACCAUUUGAUAAAAAUAAGUUCAAUUUUACAAAAGUGUCUAAAGAGGAAAUAUUGUUCACUUUCAAGGAGAGUGCUGCUGAAGACAUCCAUGCAGUACUCGUAAAUAUCAGUCCAAUAUCAGAGUUUCAUUCUCUAUUCUGUCCAUUUGUAAACAAAUGUUUGCCACAAGUAAUUAAUAAGGACACUGUGAGACUGGCCAUAAAUAUAAUGCUACUUACUCAGGAUCGGGAGCUAAGGAUUGGAUUCAAUAGCUUAUGUGCAUUUGCCUCAGUGAAUCACUUACAUUGCCAUUUCUUUAUAGAGAAGAAUUGUCUCCCAGUGGAGAAUGUAAAAUGUAAGAAGUUAAAAGGUGUGCUACAUUGUUUUGAAGAAGGCUUGCCUGUACCGGCAUUUUGUUUUGAAAUACUUCAAAACUCACAAAAACUUGAAGAAAUAUUUACAUUAUUAAAUUACUUCCUCGAGAAGUCAAUAGCGCAUAAUAUUUUUAUUACAAAAGGAGAUGCUAUAGAAGCAACUGGAGAAGUUAUUCGGUUUAUCGUUUGGCCAAGAAAAAGUAGCUUUGGAGCAAAACAGUUAGUGGCAUUCAAUGUUGCCGUUUGUGAGUUGAGUGGAUGGUUUCCUAUUUAUAAUUCUGAAGAUUUCCACAAUCUUAAUACAGAAAGUUUAGAGACAGAAUUGAAAAAUUGGAAGAUACCUAACUUUGAAGAUUUAUGUGAAGAAUUAAAAUUUUUAUUUUAAUUUAAAUUGUCAGAAAAAUUCAGUCCAUUAUGCUGUCAACUGUUAUAAAUAUUAACUUAAACGUGAUGCAAUAAUAAUUAAAUAAAGAUAAUUGAUGAUUUA